AUGGGAGAACAGUUUGGCAAUAUUAUUUCCUACAAGACCAGUAUCGCAACUCUGGAAGAUAAAAUUCCGAAGCUACUUGAGAAGAAGGAGGCAGUGCAACAAUCUAUUGAUGGAGCCCAAUGGAAUCAAGAAGUAGUCGCAAGUGAAGUUAAGACUUGGCUGGCAAAUGUGGGGAAAAGAAUUGAUGAAGUGCAGAAAUUUAUUGAAGAAGAUGUCAAAGCUAAUAGGAUGUGCUUGAAUGGUUGGUGUCCGGAUAUGAAGUUACGCUAUUCCUUGGGUAAGAAAGCUCAAAAGAAUACUCAAGCUAUCGACGACUUGCUAAAAGAAGGUGAAAAAUAUAAUAGGGUGUACAAUAUUAAAGCUCCAUUGGAAGUAAGAUCAUCAUCAACAGAUCAACGGUUUAAGGAUUUUGAAUCACGAAAAUCAAUGAUUCAAAAUGUUCUGGAUGCUCUAAAGGAUGACAAGAUCAACAUGGUUGCAUUAUGCGGUAUGGGAGGGAUUGGAAAGACAGAAAUAGCCAAAGAGAUUGAGAGAAGAGUGAAGUCUGAUAAUUUAUUCCAUAAAAUUGCCAUUGCAGUGGUGUCUCAAAGUCCAAGCUUGACAAAGAUUCAAUGUGAACUUGCGGAAAUGCUAGGUCCGAGACUUGAUGCAGAGAGUUUACGUGGAAGAGCAAAUGAAUUAUAUUCAAGAUUGACUGAGAAUAAGAAUGUCCUUGUGAUAUUGGAUGAUGUUUGGGAACCACUUGAUAUUGAGGCUAUUGGAGUAUACCACGCAGUUAAAGAAAAAAGCUGCAAAAUCUUGUUGACAUCAAGAAAUGAAGAAACUUGCAAUUGGAUGAGAAUUCAGAAUAUUUUUCCAGUUGGACUUUUAUCUGAAGAAGAAGCAUGGAAUCUUUUCAUAGAGAUGGUAGGUGAUUGUAUCAAUACAUCCGAUCUAAUCUCAAUUGCAAAACAGGUUGCGAAGGAAUGUGCAUGUUUACCCCUUGCCAUUGUGACAGUUGGAAGUGCUCUUAGAAACAAAAGUGACAAAAAUGAGUGGAAAGCCGCGCUUCAGCAACUUAAAAUGUCUAUCCCACAUAAUAUCUAUGGUCUGCAUCCAAAGGUAUAUUCUAGCAUAGAGUUCAGUUACAAUUAUUUAGAAAGUGAUGAAGCCAAGUCAUGUUUUUUACUAUGUUGUUUGUAUCCCGAAGAUUAUGAUAUUCCGGUUGAACAUUUAGUCAGGUAUGGAGUUGCAAAAAUGUUUUUUAAAGGCUUGGAUACUGUGGAACAAACAAGAGUAAAUGUCAACGCAAUAGUUCAAAAUCUUAGAAGAUCAAAUCUCUUGUUGGAUAGCCACAAGGUCGAAUGCGUCAAAAUGCAUGAUGUUGUACGAGAUGUUGCCAUAUCAAUUGCAUCCAGAGAUGAAAGUGGUUUUAUGGUAGUGUUGGACACAGGACUUGAAGAAUGGCCACGAAAGGAUAGAUAUGACAGCUACACCACAAUUUCUCUUUUACUUAGAGAAAUGAAAGGGUAUUCUAAUGGGUUAAAGUGUCCCAAACUUCUGCUUUUGCGACUAUCAUGUUUAUACUGUUCAAAAACAUACCAUUCAGAAAUGUUCCCAGGAAAUUUAUUUAACGGGAUGAAGGAGCUAAAGAUAUUGUCUUUGCAAGAAGGUUGCUUCUCCUUGACAUCGUUGCCACCAUCAAUCCAGAUCCUCCAGAACCUUCAGAUGUUGAAUCUGGAGAAUUGCCGCUUAGGAGAUGUGUCAGCAAUUGGAACCCUUGGAAAACUUGAAAUUCUUGGCUUUCGUUAUUCCGAGAUCGAGGAGUUGCCAUUGGAAAUAGGAAAUCUUAGUCGAUUAAAGUUACUGGAUAUGAAGGGAUGUAGAUCUCUAAAGCAAAUUGCAGCUGGUGUAUUAUCCGGUUUAUCUGGAUUGGAAGAAUUGUACAUGGGAGAAUUCAAGAAUUGGGGAUGUAGGACUACGAUGGAAGGAAAUGGAGAAGUAACAAAUAACAAUGCAAGUCUUGCUGAACUAAUUCCUUAUUCCGGUCAACUAGUGGUUCUAGAAAUUAGUGUACCGAGUAUCUGGUGCUUGCCAAAAGAAUUAGACUUCAGUAACUCCAAUUUCAGAUUUAGGAUAAAUGGUAUAGAUAAUGGGAAAUAUUUAUUUGAAAAUACUUUGAAACUGAAAGUAGAGGAUGCAAGUGAUCUUGGGGAAUACCGAACAAUUCGUUCACUGUUGAAGAAAGCUGUAGUUUUGAGGUUGGAUAUUGCAAAAAAUUCGAAACAUGUUUGGUUUGAAAAAGAGCAAAAAGGAAUUUUACCAUGCAGCUUGAAGGAUCUAUGGAUUUGUAGAUGUGAAGAUUUAGAAUAUCUAUCCGAAGCCACAUCGGAUACUUCUCCACCUAAUACCUUCCAUCUCCUGGAGUCACUAUCAUUAAAUAACUUACCAAGGCUCAUUGGCAUCUGUAAUUCCGCAGAUAAAAUUGAGGUUGAAAGAGGAGGCAUCACUGCAUCAAAACCCGUCGCUCAUAAACUAUUUUCAUCCAGCACCAUUUUGUGGGUACCCAAUUUGGAAUUCCUUCAUGUAUAUGACUGUGGAUCAGUAGAAGUGGUAUUUGAUCUAGAAGGACUAAAGGUCAAAGAGAACCGCAAGCCCAUCCUAGCAGUACUUUCUAAACUAAAUUUACGGAACUUAUCUGGGAUGUCACAUGUGUGGAAGAAUAUCCCACCAGGAUUUCAAGGCUUUGAAAACUUAAUAUCAAUUAAUAUCGAGAAAUGUCAUAGUCUGAGAAAUUUGCUCCCUGCUUCUAUAGCAAAACUACUGGUGCAACUCCGAGACGUUAAAAUAUGGGAUUGCAACUUGAUGGAAAAUAUUAUUCAAAGGGAGCACGAAACUGGAGAAGAAAGGAUAGCAGACAUCAUUGUAUUUCCUAAAAUAUGUUCAUUCACUUUGCGUUACCUAGAAAAUCUGGUGAGUUUGAGUAGCGAAGCCCAUUCUCUUGAGUGGCCAUCCAUAAAGCAGAUCGAAUUGUUGGAAUGUCCAAAAUUAAAAACAUUUGGUUCAAAAGAUCAAAGCGGAAGAAAGCUAAGAAAGGUGGAUGCGGAAUUGAAUCCAAGAGCCCAAGAGCCUAGUGCUGCCUCCUCCUCGGCAAGAGAAUCUUUAGGACUUUUCAACCGAUGCCUAGAGUCUUGUGUACCACGUCGCAGGAAUUAUAGUCCAGCCCAAGGAAAUAGCAACUCCUCUUUAGGAGGGAAUAAACACGACUUAAUUAACAAAGAGAUUACAUUGACAAAGCAAGAGGAGCAAAAUGUGAGUGAAACAAAGAUGUUGUCUCUGUUCCCAUACAACUUGAUUGGAAGUUUGGAAAAUCUACAACAACUUUCCAUAGGUCAAUGUGAUUCAUUGGAAGUGAUAUUUGAACUUGAAGGAUUAGAUGUUGAAGAAAGCGAUAUCUUCAAUAAUUUGGCAGUAUUGUCAUUAAAAUUUUUACCGAAGCUGUUGCAUAUAUGGAAGAAAGGCCCACGAGAUAUUAAGGGAUUCAAUUACUUGAGAUUGCUACUUGUAUGGGGAUGUGAUAGUUUGACAUGUUUAUUCACACCAUCCAUAGCAAAACUUCUUGUGAAAGUAGAGAAAAUAGAAGUACAUAGUUGCAAUGAAAUGGAAGAAAUCCUUGCAAAAGAAUCAGGAGAUGAAGAGAAUAGAGAUGUGAUUGCAUUUCCCCUAGUGAAGACCCUCAAGUUCAGGAAUUUACAAAAGUUGGAGUGUUUUUACACCGAAGAUAAUCAUGCUUUUGAGUGGCCAUCUCUGGAUGAAAUAACAAUAGUUGGAUGCCCAAAAUUAAGAAUGUUUGUCUCGGCAAGUACAAAAACACCUAAGCUAAAGGGAGUGCAUAUGGAGUCCAGAAAUUUUCAACCAAUGGUAGAAGGAGACCUCAAUGCCACCAUACAACACAUUAUCAAAGGAAAGGAGGAAGGAAAUGGACCAACGUGGCAAUUCACUGGCUUCUAUGGACAUCCUGACUCAGGGAAGAGAAGCAGUAGUUGGCAAUUGCUUAAGAUGCUCAAACCCAUCAAUUCUAUAGCUUGGUUAUGCGCUGGGGACUUUAAUGAGAUUCUUCAUCAGAGUGACAAGAUAGGUGGAGCCAGUAGACCAUAUAAACAGAUUGAGGAUUUUAGACAAGCUGUGGAAUGCUGUGGUCUCAAUCAUAUACACUCAUAUGGGCAAAUGUUUACAUGGUCGAACAAUAGGAAUGGCAGUGACUUUACAAAAGAAAAAAUUGAUAGAGCUCUUGGAGAUAAGGAAUGA